AUGCCGUCUCCAACCUCCGCUGAGCCGGACCAGCCGAUCAGCGCCAACCAAAGGACGCUCGAUGAUGACCGGCCUGCGGCGCGGUAUCCAACAGAUGGGCGACGUGAGAAUGCUGGCGCUGAGAAUGACGAGGCUUCGGGGGGUGAGCAAAAUGGUCCAAACGAGGACUCAACAAGGAAAGCGGUCAUAGAACAAGUUAACUUACACAUCCCUAAUUCAGAGGACAGCGCUCUAGGUGAACAGCUACAAAGAUCAGCAGAAGAGAGCCUGAGCGAUAAUGAAGCCAAGGUCGAUACCGACGCUGCCUCCACCUCCGCGCCACAAACUGACCCAAGAGAAGAUAUCACCAUGACUGAUGCCGAUGCAGAAGGCGAGCCGGACGAGGACGAGGAUCAAGACACCGGAGCUGACGAGGCGGACGAACCAGAUCAAGCCGCCGUAGCGAACGAGGAAAGCGACGAAGAGGAGGAUGCCGACGAAGACAAAGAAGCUGACGACGAAGUUGGGCAAGAGCAAGACCAAGGAGAUCUGAAGAGCGAAACCGCUGGAGCUGAUAACGAAGAAAGCUCGGAAAGCAGCCAGGACGGAGGUGAAUCUUCAGCGUCGGCAUCCGCAUCGGGUUCCGCUUCUGGCUCUGAAUCCAGCUCGGAGUCGGAAUCCCAGUCAGGAUCAGAAUCCAGCGGAGAUGACAGCACGAGCGAGGCUAUCGACUCUAAACGGGACUGCGUGUUGUGUAAUCAGUCUGUGGCUGUUGACGGUGGAGAUGACGAGUCGCACUUAAGUUGCUCUGUCUGCGGCAAUCACGCACAUCGGCAAUGCGCUCAAGAACGCGGCUCGCUACCUGGAGGCAAGCUAUCUCAAUGGCAAUGUCCGCAGUGCACUGGCGAGAAACCCGCACAAUCAGAGUCACCAAAAGCUCGAAGCUCUCGAUCCAAGAAUUCAGCGCCUCGGCUUGUUAGAGACUUGUUACCUGUGACGCGAGGCUUGCAAAAGCCGUAUUCACACUCGAUCUUUGCCCAACCCGUGAUCGGGGACGGUGACGAUGGAGGACGCGCCCUGAGAAAGAGGAAGUCGCCAACUCAGGAACCCCCUCCCGUCGAAAAGAGACGACGAAAAGCAACAGAUCGAGCAUUAGCAGCGGCCGCGACAAGCAAAGAGCUGGCGGAGAAGAAAGCAGCCAUUGCACAUUCGACGAGAAGAACAAGUCAAAUGAAAAUCACUAAGCCUAUCGCGCGAAUAUUGCAACAUAGACCGUUCAACAAGCCUCCGCCUCACAAGUUCAUUCUGGCUUUUCGCUUAGAACAAGCGAAAAUCGAAGCGAUCUUGAGCAAACCUCCUCGUCCCGGCAGGAGAAGAGAGAGACGAUCUCAGCCGAAGAAGCCUCCCAAAAUACCGGCACCGCCAAUCUACCAGCCUCCUGUCCCCAAGUUCCCUGCUCUGCCCACACAACACCUCAUUUUCCCCUCUGCCUUUAUCGAUCGGGAGGCCGAGCUCAACGCCAAACCAUACGGCGGCAUCCUCUCCGAAGCAGAUGCGGAUACAAGCCGUUCACUGCCGCAACUCCGAGACCGCGAAAUUUUCGAGAUCGCGAGAAAAGAAGCGGAAGAAGAACGCCGUAGAGCAUCUGCAGCGGCGGAGGCCGAGAUAAAUGGUGUGGCAGGGGAUGCUGCAGCGGCGUCAGCCUCUACGACGAAGCCCAGCAGGUCCACAGUCUCUGGACCCCCGAGCAAGAUCAAGUGCAUCCAGUUUGGGAAACACGUUAUUGACACCUUCUACGCUGCUCCCUACCCGGAAGAAUAUUCACACGAGACUCGAUUGUUCAUCUGUGAAUUCUGCUUGAAAUACCUACCCUCCGAGUUUGUAGCAUACAGACACAAACUGAAAUGUCCGGCAAAACACCCGCCUGGAGACGAGAUAUAUCGCGAUGGCACGGUGUCUGUCUGGGAGGUCGACGGGAGGAAAAAGACGGAAUAUUGCCAGUGCCUGUGCCUGAUGGCGAAGAUGUUUCUGGGAUCAAAGACACUAUACUAUGACGUGGAGCCGUUUCUGUUCUACAUCCUGACCGAGUACGACGAGUUGGGAUAUCAUUUCGUGGGAUACUUCAGCAAAGAGAAGAGACCUGCAAGCCAGAACAACGUCAGCUGCAUCUUGGUGAUGCCCAUCCAUCAACGCAAGGGUUAUGCCACUUUCCUGAUCGACUUUUCCUACCUGCUCACCAGAAUCGAGGGCAAAGAGGGAUCCCCGGAAAAGCCUCUCUCGGAUAUGGGCCUUACAGCCUACCGUUCGUACUGGGACCUCACCAUCUCACGCCAUCUACUUGACCUGGGCCUCAGACCUUUCUCCACAAAGACUCUAAUGGCUCGAACAGGCAUGACAGCCGACGAUGUGAUCCAUUCCCUUGAACGUCUUUAUGCAUUCACCAAAGAUCCUGUAACAAAAACCUACGCGGUAAGGUACGACAAGAAGUUGUACCAGAGGAUCGUGGACGAUUAUGAGGCAAAGAAACAUCGCAAGUUGAAACCGGACAGUUUGAUGUGGACACCCUACAUCAUGGGGCGGAGUGACCAGGCCACGUUAGACGGGCAGCCUCUACAAGCGCUUGCGCCCAGGGAUGAAGGGGAUGGAGACGAAGAAGAUGAAGAAGUAAGCAGAGAUGUGGAUAUGGACAGUGAGGUGGUGAUGUCGAAUGCCGGCAAGUCUGUCGCGGCUGGCGAACUGCUAGAGACAGACGCGGAUAUGGAACGACUUUCCCCACGGUCAAGAUCAAAGUCUACAAGAGCAGUGUCGCGGCCAGAAUCGGUUGGAUUGCAGGAAGAGGAUCUGGAGAUUAAGGACCCCUUGCUUGUGGAUGCACAUGGUCACGUUGCGCCGGGGCCCCCUCCGACAGCCGCACUCAGCGGUGGUGGUGCGCUCUCACUGGCCACUGCUCGUCCUCAGAUCAAGGUUAACGGACUUGUGAAUGGUGAUUCUCGGAAGGACGGUGAAUCUCAUCCUGAAGGCGAGGCUGGAGAAAAAGAGAGCGGUGGUGACGAAGACGGUCAAGCAUCGGGAGGAAAAGAAGAGUCCAAUGAGGUUAAGGAGGGAAAGGAACAAGAACCCGUCCUCACAGGGUAUGCCUUGGCCUUCCGGCAGCAUUCGAUCCCACCCACACGCUUCCAAAUCGAUCCACCAAUCCCACCGUCGAUGCUUCGACAAAGAAGCACAAAGAAGCGUAAUGCGGCUGCCGCCUUUGGGUCUGCAGCUUCUCCACAGACCAAAGGCAAUGGAGAAUCCACUGUAUUAAAUGCUCAAGGUUCCUUAGUUGCGGUAAGGAGCUCACCAAGAAACGCCAACAACAACAAUAACGCCGGGUUGGGGUUGGCCGGGUCGACAUCUUCUAUCAAUGGCAACAAUGUUGCCAGAACCGGCAGCGUCUCCCCAAAGGGACCUGGGACACCUGUCCGGCGGAGUGGACGGAGGAGUGGACUAUCUACCAUGACUAUACCGGCGUCAGACGUGUCGGUCACAAAUGACAACCAAGACGGUGCGGCUGCAGAAGAAGACGAGGAUGCCGCACAAAGGGACAGUAAGGCAGAGGGGGAAGAAGAAGACGACGACGAUGAAGAUCGUGAGGGAUCCUCUACAUCAAGUGGCGAUGAAGAGGAAGAGGAAGAUGAGCAGGAAGCAUCAAUAGCAACAGACGAAGAGGAGAGCGAAGAAGAGGACGAGGUUGAGGAAGAUGUAGAUGAUCCCAACGAUGAAGACGCGGUUCUCGACGACGAGGACGAUUCCGAGGACGAAGAUGAAGACGACGACGACGGAGACCCUGACGUUGAAGUAGAUUCGGCCGACGAUGACGAGGAGGAUGACGAUGAAGAGGAGGAGGAAGACGAGGAUGCCGAAGCGGAGGAUGACGAGUGA